UGAUCCCCCGCGCAUUCAUUUGUCGGAUUGUGCUGGUGAAAAAUACUGUUCCAGUGAUCGGGAUUCAGUAACAUUCAAUCCAUCCACUUAAAUUAUAUGUGAAAUUUGAACUGAUUCUCUGACGAGGUGAGGAUUUAUUCAUAAACUUGGAAGUUUGUGUACGUGUAUGGAAAAUGUGACAGUUUGGCACAUCAGGAGAUUAACACCAAUAAUGGAGAGAGAAUAACCGGACACAUCUAAUGGAAUAGAGCGGUCUGAACUCUCUAAAAAGCAGUCAUGGAAACCAAGGAAAAUGGUUCAGUGGACACCAUAAGUUCUGUGGAGAAUGGGCAGCUUACAGAUCCAUCCCACUGGGCCGUAACGGAUGUGGUCAAUUAUUUUAAAGCUACAGGGUUUGAGGAGCAAGCCAACGCUUUCCAGGAUCAGGAAAUCGAUGGCAAAUCCCUUUUAUUAAUGACUCGUAAUGACGUUCUGACCGGACUGUCAAUAAAACUGGGUCCUGCACUGAAGAUAUACGAGUAUCACGUGAAGCCUCUCCAAACCCAACACUUAAAAAGUAACGUGUCAUAGCUGCUGCAGCCGCAUGGGCGCAUGGAAGACAAUCACAGCAGUGGACCGCAGGGUAACUGCAGACACAACUAAUACAUCUUAUGCAUCUUAAUACAUAAAAAAAUUACGACUCCAUGGUGAAUUUAUUGCUUUUAAAGUCUCAUUCUGCUGUACAGUCACAUUUACUGUUUGUCUUAUGGAUGUUUUCUGACCCUUAACAUUGUCUUUAUUGUUCAGAUUUGGUUAAAGAAAAAACAUUGACCUUCACUUUGUGCAUUUGUACAUUCAUCAUUAUUGCUUUUAAGAUGAAAUGCUUGGUUUAAUAAUGUGAUGUGUAAUGUAAAAUGAAAAUGGCUUGAACUGAAAUUGAAACACGAUUUUUUGAAGAUGUUUCUGUGUUACGCAUGAAGUACUUUUAAGCAGAACUGAGAGGUAAAUUGCUGCCGCAAUGGUGCUUUAAUUGGAAUCUUGGUGUUCAUUUUUUCCUUUUAUGUUUUUCCCUGUUCUUAAUUCAUAAAAAUGUGUUGGAAUAAAGUAACAGCACAAAUGUCUGAAAAUUGUGUAUUUGCUGUGUUUCACAGCUGUAAUCGCGGAACACAUUAGAGGUUUAAUUGCGGCAGUCCUUUCAGAAUGACUGAGCUCUGUUCUGCUAUUCGUUCUGUUUAUUUAUUUAAUUCUGUAACUAACAAUGUGAUUUCUGAGGAAUUGUCAUUGAUAGACAGUACAACACUGUAAUUGUACAGCAGUUUGUGAAACAGCGUCCUUUAAAAAGGUUGAAGUGUGUAAAACAUGACUUGAGUGUGGCUUGCAAUAAAUGGUGCUUUUUCAGAGUGCUGAAAUAAAUCUACUGUCUGAUCCUCAUUGCAAUGACAUUGGUUCCCACUGCAAAACAGUUUUAUAAAUAAUGUAGAUUUUUGACAUGUAAGGGGAAGAUUGGAUUUCCCUUUUUACCAUAGAUGACAUUAACCCACACCAGCGCAUUUAUUGAA